CUGCUACUUUAGUAGAAAAAUCAAACCAAAGGACUCAACACACCAAGGCAGCUCAUAUAAAUCAGUAAUAUCAAAUUCUCAAAGGCCACUUCGCCGGGCCUGCAGGCAACACAAAUCUUCUAUCAUGGUUGAUAACAUUGUCUCAAAGUCUCUCGGGUUAGUUUUGAUUGUCACAGCUCACAUGGUAUUCAACGGUACCAGCCGAGCGGAGGUCACAGGGAUCCUUGGCAACAGCAUCAGCCUUGAAUUCAAAUUUAACAUCAAUGUCACAGGACAUUUAGCAUUUUAUACAAACCACACGGGCAAGAUUGCUGAGUAUUUACAGGGCAAAAUUUCCUCAAGCGAAGGCGAUUUUUACGUCAACCCUAAAAAUAUGUCUGUGUUUUUCCACAUUACAAAUCUCAAACUAAAUCACAGUGGAAUUUAUUGGGCCAGUAUGUUCAUGGACUCAGGACCCGUAAUAGAAAGUAAUAAUCGGGAGCAGCUGAUCGUCAGAGAGGAGAACAGAAGCAGCACAGUUCCUCCAAAGCUGAAUGACACCACAACAAAAAAAGGCAGUGGAAGUCCCAGUCAAAUCGUCAUCACUGUCCUUGUGGUUUCACCUGUCGUGCUCUUGGCAGCAGCACUUCCCUUGUUGAUCUGGUGUCUCGUGAAAACCAACGACACACAACAACCAUCGUCACAACAAAGCUCCAAUCCCACAGUACAAGAAACAGUUGACGCAUCCUACAAUGUGCCUGCACCCCCACUGGUCUACAGUGUCCUGGACUUUCCCAAAAGACCUUCUGCAGUUCUGGAGAUUAAUCCAAGUGAUACAGAGUACGCUGCAGUCAACUAUCUCCCAGAAAAGAGACAAGCGUGAUAUGCAGCUGAAUGUAAACCAGCUGCUCUCUCUUGGUUUGGGUAAAGAUAUCCAAGAUGACUUGUAAGUAUGCUAAAUGCUUUUCAUAUCUCAAUAAUGAACCCUCAGAGCAUGUACUUUAGGCUUCUUGCAAUAAUUUAGAAGCAAAAGAGUUUGGAGGGGAAGAGUUGUUGCUUGGGUUGUAUGUAUGUCGGUAUCACUUUGUUUUGGUGGUCGUGAGAUUGAAAUGUUGACAGUUGCUGCGAAAAACCACAAGUCAUCUCACAUAGUUUUACAGUAACAAACAAAAUUUUUGAUUUUUAUUGUUUUUUGUUUGCUCUUUUUUGUCUCAUCUGUCCACUAAACCCUUAAAGGCAAAG